AUGCGGGUCACGCCUUUUUUCCUAGCCAUAGGGCUAGCUACUGCUUUGGAGAAUGGACUUGCACGAACUCCGCAAUUGGGAUGGAAUACUUGGAAUUCAUUUGCCUGUAGUAUGAACGAGACUGUCAUUCUAGAUGCAGCCAAACGCAUUGUUGAGUUGGGCUUCAAAGAUCUCGGGUACAACUAUGUCGUGAUGGAUGACUGUUGGUCUGCCGGCCGAAAUUCUUCUGGAUACCUCAUUCCAGAUAGUUCGAAAUUCCCCAAUGGAAUCGCAGAUGUCGCAGAUAAAAUUCACAGCCUAGGAUUGAAGAUUGGAAUUUAUUCGAGUGCGGGUACUAUGACUUGCGCGCGUUAUUCGGGCUCCUUGGGAUAUGAGGAGAAGGAUGCUGCGGUUUGGGCAAGCUGGGGAAUCGACUACCUCAAAUAUGACAACUGCUACAACCAAGGUGAAGAAGGAACGCCCAAGCUUUCCUAUGACCGAUAUAACGCAAUGGGCAAAGCUUUGAAUGCCACCGGUCGCCCAAUCCUCUACUCGUUGUGCAAUUGGGGUUCUGACGGACCGUGGAACUUUGCCCCGACUAUUGCCAAUUCUUGGCGUACGAGUGGUGACUUGACCAAUGUUUGGGAUCGUGAUGAUGUCAAUUGCCCCUGUGCUGAGCUUGAUGGUCUCGAUUGCAAGCUUCCGGGAUAUCAUUGUUCAGUUAUGAACGUGGUUAACAAGGCAGUUUAUUACCCGUCCAAGGCAUAUGCAGGUGCAUGGAAUGAUCUUGAUAUGCUUCAGGUCGGAAAUGGUGGUCUGACUGAAGACGAGGCUAUUUCCCACUUCAGCCUGUGGGCAGCGUUAAAGUCACCAUUGCUGAUGACGAACGUAAUGACCAAGAUCGACGGCCCUACCCUUUCCAUCUUGCAGAAUACCGCCGUGCUAGCAGUCUCCCAGGAUCCGCAGGGAUCGAGCGCUGUGAGGAUCUGGCGUUACUACGUCGACGACGGGGAGAUCCAGAUGUACAGCGGACCUUUGAGCGGAGGUGACCAAGUCGUCCUGCUGCUGAAUGGUGGAUCGAAAGCCCGUGACAUGAACGCCACUUUAAACGACAUUUUCUGGGAGAAUGGACCCGAGGGCACUGCAUCGCAGGCUAAGAGUAGCUGGGAUGUGUAUGACUUGUGGGCCGGGCGGAUGAGCAAUGACACUGCAAAUGCGAUCAUCAAAGAUGGAGAGAGUGCGACACGACCGAUCAACAUGACGGCUGAGGGUGGUGCAAGCAAGGUCUACUCCCACGUGCCAUUGCCGAUAUCAAAGGCACUGAUGGGCUCGAAAGUUAACACGGUCAAGCCCGGUGGACGUGUGACUGCACAUGUACAGCCGCAUGGUGUCGCUAUGUUCCGUUUGCGAGAGCUGAAGUCUAAUGACGAGCUUUGA